AUGGCUGAGAUAUUCGCCACUGUCACUGGAGCUAUAAGUAUCGCCGGCCUAUUUAACAACUGCGUCGAUUGUUUCAACUACGUCCAAAUUGCCAGGCAUUUCGGCGAAGACUUCUCCCCAUAUCAACUCCGACUAGAUGUCGCCAAAUGCCGACUAGCAAGAUGGGGCGCAUCAAUCAACAUCAACAAUGACCGACGAUUUAGUCUCAUCAACCCAGCCGAUCCAACAGUUCUCAUGGCUCGAGACAUUCUCAAGGAAAUAGUGGCCAGGUUCGAGGCCGCAUACAAGGUCUCCAGACGCUACGAGACCAGAACGACAGAGAAGGGAACGAGGAUAUGCACGGAAGCCGAUCUCAGUCCAGUCUCGCAACGCGUACAUACUCGUUUCGAUGUGCUCACUAAACAGCGGUGUGAGAGCUUGGGAUUGAUGAAAAAGACAGGCUGGGCGCUCUAUGAUAAGAACUAUAUGGGAAGAAUGAUUGAUGAUAUUAUCGCGUCAAUUGAAGAUUUGGAAAAGGUCUUUCCAAGCACCCCACAGAUCACGAGACAAUUAGCCGAGAUGGAGAUUGAGGAGGUAAAUGACGAGCAGGAGUUGGAAUUGAUUCAUGAUAUCGCCGAAGGUUUAGAUCCUGUGUUAUCCAAGGCAUCUAAGGCUAAGAUCGUGGAAAUCGCUGGCAAAAACACUGCGGGGAAGAUCACUGGACAAGGCAGGGUUAACAUCGGUAACACAUUUGUAACAGGGUCGUUCUCAAAUUCCCAGGGGAUUCGGGUCAGUACAGUCAACCAUGUGGAUGAGGUCAAUACCGCUGAGCCGUCAAGGGUUAAUAUUGGGAAUAUCUGGGGCGGCAAGGGGUUUUGGGAUUGA